AUGUUGGAGUACAGGAAAGAUAGGAAAGUGAAAGUGGUUAGACAAGCUGACAAGAUAAAAACUCUUGUGUUGAUCAGAGGGAAGGGGGACAUACCAACUGGUGUGCUUGUGUACAGCCCUGACGGGAGACUUGUGAAAACUGUACGUCAGCAGGGCAUGAACUACCCACAGUACAUCACUGUGGACAGGGAAGGAAGAAUCCUUGUCACAGAUAAAGAAAGUCGCUCCGUGUAUGUGUUCAACGAGGACGGAGAGUUCCUCUUCCAGUUUGGCAGAGAGAGACUUAAGGACCCUCGGGGCAUUUGCACAGACAGCUCAGGUAACAUCAUCGUGGCAGACCAUGGGAAUGCCCGUGUGGAGAUGUUCGACAGAUUGGGCACAUUCUUGCGUCACAUCGCUAUAUACAUCCGACCACAGGCUGUUGCCAUAUCACCACAGGGACAUCUUGUUGUUGCAGAUGAUGUGGGGAAUGAACUCACAAUAUUCCUAUGUGAGAAGAGUUGUCAGCUGGCACCUGUCCAGGUGUCUCUACUGCUCACCUGUGGUUAG